AUGUUGGCUGAGAGGCAGCCAAGGACUUUGCCUAGCAGUACAGAGUCCAACCCGAGGGAGCAUGUGAACGCAAUCAUGUUGCGGUCAUGUAAGUAUGUUCCUAGUCCUUCUUCUAUUUUUAACAAUGAUGCUGAUGCGCAGGUAGAUUCAAGCAAGGAAGUUGAAUCUACCAAGGUGAAAGAACUAGAGAAGGAAGAGGCAAAGGAGAUUCCACUAAGGGAAUAUCAGCCCAAAAUUUCGUACCCUACUAGAUUAGGUGCAAGUCAAACAGCAGUUUGGUAUACGAAGUUCUUAAAGAAGAUUCUUAGCAACAAAAGGAAGUUUGAGGACUUGGCGUGCGUUAUGCUAAAUGAGGAAUGUUUGGCAAUUUUUCAAAAUAAGUUACCGAAAAAGCGACAUGAUCCAGUGAGUUUUACUAUUCCUUGUGUUAUAGGUAACUUAUCUGUUAAUUAUGCUUUAGUUGAUUUAGGGGCUAGCAUUAAUAUAAUACCGUACAAAUUAUUUGUAAAGUUGGGGUUAGGAGAGACCAAGCCCACUAGAAUGAGUAUACAGUUAGCUGAUAGAUCUGUUAAGUAUCCUAGGGGUAUUAUAGAGAAUGUGCUAGUAAAAGUCAAUAAAUUUAUAUUUCCUGCUGAUUUUAUGAUCUUGGACAUGGACGUUGAGAGUAGUGUACCCCUAAUGCUAGAUAGACCUUUUCUUGCAACAUCUAGGGCAAUGAUAGAUGUUUAUGAUGGAAAGUUAAAACCUAGGUUACAGGAAGUAUUAGUUGAAGACCCUCUACAAGUCACUUUGCCAAGGGGAGAUGAGCAUGAGCAGUCAAAUGAGGAAGUGUUGGAGCAACUUGAGUUUCUGUUAGCAAACGAGCCAAGCAACAAUACUGAUGAGGUUGUUGUAAUUAACAAGAUAGGUAUGCAGAAGUUGAGGCCAUCACUUGAGGAACCGUUGGUUCUCGAUUUGAAAGAGCUUCCACAGUGUCUUGACUAUGCAUAUUGGAUGAGGAUAACAGGCUGCCUGUCAUUCCAACAGCAGACUUGA